GGAAAAAGCAGCGGCUUCUCUGGGCUGAUUUUCCAGCGGGCCUUUCGGGGGAUAAACUAUUCCUCCCAUGGCUGUUUGCCAUCUGAUUUCUAGUAACAGAAUAUCCACAAUAUUCUGUAUUUAAGGAAAUGUGUUUCCUCUACGUCUCGUGAUUUGCUGUGCUCGGUGGCAGCAGUUGCUGUUGAAAAUGUGAAAGGUACACUGUGAAAACUGCACUCUGAAAACUGGAGUACAUUCAGUUUUUUCCCCUCGACAUUCUGUUUAGUACGAGUGAUUUUCUGAGCAAUGCCACUCAAAUCCUCCUGGCAAAAAUCGCAACCCAUUCAUUUGGGUCAGUUUCUGCACUCUGUCAGUAGGACAGCAGUCAGUAGCCUUUACUUAACCCCAUUCAGCAUAAUCCAUAUCAGUAUCACGUUUAACACAUUUAUAUAUUUGCCUUAAUAGAAAGGGUAUAAUUCAAUCAGAAUUCAAUGUCCUUGUAACUUAUCAGAAUUAGAUGAGCAGAUGAGUCACGAGGCCCUCUAGUGGUAGUGCGCAUCUCUGCAUCUGAUUUGUGCUCCUCUAUGACGCCAUCGUAAAAACUCUCCGGUCUAGUUAGGUCUAUGAGAGUUACAGUGGAUCGACUGGAUUUGAAAUGUCCUCUUCCAGUACAUUAAUUACUCAAUUUGGCUGCCAUGCAUGGUCACUUAGUCUAUACUACUUUGUAAACACUACUUUUUCCAGGCAAAUUCAACUAUUGGCCCACAGCUCUUCCCGCUUAAGCCCCAUUUUCACUGCAUAAAAUGCCUCAUCACCAGAUAUUUCCACCCUUGGUUCCAUUCAGUGAUUCAUCUGCUAUUAUGAAAGUUGGCUGGGUUAGAUUUUUUGUGUGAUAAGAGGAAUGUGAAUUAUUAUUAUUAUUAUUGCAUUUGCCACGGGAGCAAAUUGUGUGAAGAAACUGCUGACUGAGAAUUUUGUAGAUUAUAUAAAGAUUAUAGACAAUGAAUCACAUAUUGUCACAUAUUCGCCCAGAAUGUUUCAUAGCGCGUAUAAACGUAUUUGUCUUGGGACAGAAGUUUUUUUGGAGGAUAGCGAGACAGCGGCUUGACCUUUUGGCGCUUCAUGAGCAAGUUGGCAAAUCAGGCUCGAAACGUUGAUUAUAAACUCUUUUGUAACCGAACAAUACGAGUUAACCCAAAUUAACCUACAUUAAAAAACCAACUUGAAGAUUAACGCGCCUCGUGUUGUCGUGCUGUUUUUUUUACAAUCUGUAAACCUACGGAAAGUUAAAAAGUGGUUGUGUCAUUCAGUAUCACAGCUGACAGCAUCUUCUUCUCUGGGAUAGGCUACACUAAAUAAGCACGAAACACUGAUAUCCCACUGUCUGAUUUGAACUUGAAGCAGUCGAGGAGGGGCUCCGCUCGAGACGCAGCCUUUUUAAAAAGCUGUGAUCAAACUCGGGCUACACGAGAUCGGGAAUGAAAUAAAAAGGAUAGUCUGCUGAUAUUUUUGAAUUUUAACAUUUUUGCAUACGCACAUCCUUGAAAAUGCAAGGUUUUCUUUUAAUCUGAUCAUGUUAAGCGGACACAAUGACAUAAGGAUAAAUAGAUUGGUACUGGAAAUAUUUACAAUAUUUCAUACAGGAAAAUUACUGUCAAGGUUUUAAAUUACAUUAAAUUACUUUUUCAGUAUUUUAUGGUACAUAUUUUAAACUGUUGAUAAUAUAUAUUUUAAGAAUAAAACCGAAUCUGUCGUCUUCUGACCAGCUCAUCUGAAAAUGUAAAAAUAUGCAAGGGUCAGCUGUUUCCCCAUCUCCCAACAUGAGCUCGCUGGACUGGAAGAAGGGGCAAGAUGGUUCAGCCUUGCGGGACAUGAACAAUUACACGUUCUCCUCAUACUACCAGCACUCUCUCCCUGUUGCAGUCAUAUUCAUCUUUGCCUACAUCUUGCUUUUCUUUUUGUGCAUGAUUGGUAACUUAGUAGUUUGUUUCAUUCUAUUAAAGAACAAACAGAUGAGGACUGUCACUAACAUUUUCAUUCUAAAUCUGGCAGUAAGUGACCUCCUUGUUGGCAUAUUUUGCUUGCCCAUUACCCUUAUGGACAAUUUAAUAACAGGAUGGCCGUUUGAUAUUUUUAUCUGCAAGAUGAGUGGCCUAAUACAAGGAGCAUCUGUGUCCGCAUCUGUCUUCACCCUUGUUGCCAUCGCAGUGGAAAGGUUCCGAUGCAUCGUCUACCCAUUUCAACAGAAGCUCACCCAGAAACAAGCCUCUGUCACCAUCGUGCUCAUCUGGAUCCUGGCUGUAACCAUCAUGUGUCCAUCUGCAGUGAUACUGACCGUCUCCCGAGAUGAGACCCAUUUCAUGGUGGACAGUCAGAACAAUACCUAUCCGCUCUACACCUGCUGGGAGGCGUGGCCUGAGAAGGAGAUGCGAAAGAUCUACACCACGGUGCUCUUCUCCCACAUCUAUCUCGCGCCGGUCACCCUCAUCAUCAUCACGUACGCCUGCAUCGCCCUCAAGCUCUUCAGGUCUGCCGCCUCUGUCGGGGACGUCCACGCCGACGACGACAGACACAGGGUCUCCAGGAAGAAGAUCAGGGUCAUCAACAUGCUGAUCUUUCUGGCGCUGCUGUUCACGGUCACCUGGCUGCCCCUGUGGACCCUGAUGCUCCUUACGGACUACAGCACCCUGACCGCCAGCCAGCUCAACCUGGUGACGGUCUACAUCUUCCCUUUCGCCCACUGGCUGGCCUUCUUCAACAGCAGCGUCAACCCCUUCAUCUUCGGCUACUUCAACGAGAACUUCAGGCGCGGGUUCCAGGCGGCUUUCAGGUUCCAGCUCUGCUUCCUGAAGAUGCGGGGCCAUCGCAGAGCGUCAAAGAGAAGGGCUGGUACCUGGACACACAACCGCGUUUCCGUGGAGGCCCAGCCCCACAAUUCUGCCUGUCAUGAAAACAGGAAGUGGAAAGGUCUACAGGGUGGAAAAAAACGAAAUGAGCUCGUGCUGGAAGACCUCGAUUAGAGAACCUAAUUAAUUCUCUAUCCAGCCUCUGGCAAGGUUUCAAUGUAGAGAAAAUGAGAGAAUUGUAAUUCAGAACAAAACGUGUAUUAUUUUGAGUGAAAUGAAUUAAGUUGUACAUAAUGUUUUGCCAUUCUGAUCAAAACUAAUGUUUGCCGCACAGGCUAAUAAUAUUUUCAAAACCCUAGGAGUGAUUUCUGUUUUAAUUCACUCCUGCUGAGUAAGCUAGCUCAUGACACCUCAUUUUCAACUUUUUGGGUGCUUUCUCUUUGAAUCUCGCAAAUAUUAUUACUGUAAAUAUCAAAAAUAUUCUUCAUCAUAUACAAAUCCAUGCACUGAAAAAUAUCAAAAAACCCAGAAAGUGAGCCACCCCUUUAAGGGAAAAUUCAUCCAUAAGUGUAUCUGCAGAUCAUAACACCCAGAGUAGAUGCAUGUACUGCCCUGAUUCACUUCACAAGUUCAACCAAUUACUCAGUGAUGUUGCAGAGAAGAACUCUACGCUGGUUUAAUAGGGAAUGCUGGAAUUGCUGUUCAUGCUUGGUAUGAAACGUCAUUGUCUUUCAAUCAACUUCAAUCAUCAUAAACAUGAAUAACUAUAUAUACAAGUGUGUGAGUACUUAUAUGCAGCAGUAUGGCAUGUCAGCAUGUCAAUACAACGAUCCUGUCUUUUUAAUGUAUCUGGAAAGUCAGUCUGUCCUGCAUCCCGUCCUUCAAUUGUUACGAAUGGGAUUAAUGAUCAUUUUAUCUCUCAAUUUCUUGUAACAA